UCACUGUUCAUUACUUAUAGUGUUUCGGCCUACCCUCUCACACUGUCAUAUAUACAUCAAACAACUUCAAGCUUGCAUUUUUCCUCCUCCAACAUUUCAAGAUCUCUCUCUCUUCUUCCCCAGCAGCACAGUACUAGGUUGUUUUUGUGUUGUGUUGUUGUGGUAGUUGAGUUUGAGAAAAUGUUAUCAUCAGGGUUGGAUUUGGAGUACUGGCUAGUGAACCAUCCUACCAUAAGAAACUUCUCAUGGACACCAGGUAAAACCCUAGGUUCCUCACCACACUUUCUCUUCUUCACCAUUCUCUCUUACCUUUUCUCCACCUUCAUUCUCCCCCACAGGAUCAUAUCCUCCUCCAUAUCUCCACAGUUCAUCAAAACCAUCUCAGCCCUCCACAACAUCUUCCUCCUUCUCCUCUCUUUCACCAUGGCCCUUGGCUGCCUCCUCUCCACCCUCUACCAUGCACCUCACCUCCACUGGAUCGUCUGCUUCCCUCCCCACACCAAGCCCACCGGGCCUCUCUUCUUCUGGGCCUACAUCUUCUACCUCUCCAAGAUCCUCGAGUUCGCCGACACCCUCCUCAUCAUCCUCAGCAAAUCCAUCCAACGCCUCACCUUCCUCCACGUCUACCACCACUCCACCGUCGUCAUCAUGUGCUACAUCUGGCUCCAAACCUCCCAGACCCUCUUCCCCGCCGUCCUCUUCACCAACGCCUCCGUGCAUGUCCUGAUGUACGCCUACUACUUAUCCUGCGCACUCGGUGUGCGCCCCAGAUGGAAGAAGAUCGUCACCAACGUUCAGAUCUUGCAGUUCUACUCCAGUUUCCUCGUUCUCGCCGUCAUGCUCUACUACCACUUCACCGGCUCUGGCUGCUCCGGCGUUUGGGGUUGGACCUUCAACGUCGUCUUCUACGCCUCUCUUCUCGUUCUCUUCGUAGACUUUCACAAGAAGAGCUACGGUGCAUCCUCCAAGAAGAACAAACUCGCCGUUAAGCCUUCCAAGACCUUCUUUUGUUCCAAUCACACUCUCAAGUGAUUGCUUCCUACGAUUGCCCUAUUUAUGGUACGACAUCAUCAUUAUUCUUCCAAUUCAUUCUUUUUGUGAAAUCGAAAUUCCAUAGCAUGUCACGUAACCUGGUCGGUCGUGAGAACUACCAACAUGUCUCAGUCUCUCACUAUCAUCUACCUGUUUUUUUAUUCCUCCACUUUUUUAAUUUUUUUUCCUUGAUUCUGACUCUGGGAACUUUUGUUAAUGGCAACAAGCCGAAUAUUGAAAUUGGGCUAUGUGGGUGUUAAGGAUUUGGUUGAGUUCGUGUGGAAUAUAUAUAUUUUUUUAAAUCGUUUUGUUAAUGUGGAUUUGUUUAGUAUUACACGCACGACAUUUACCUUAAAAUCUGGGACAAAACCUAUGUACUCUAGAUAUUUAUAUAUAUAGUUGGU